AUCUGUUAGCUUGUUUCCGGUAGCCCUUAGCAUCUUGGCAAGUUUCAUGUCAGCCAUCUCACUGCUUGGAUAUUCGGCGGAAUUUUACGUUUACGGUUCGAUGCUUCUUUUCUACGGCGUCGUCUACGUAAUUGCGUAUCCGUUAGCAGCAGUGGUGUUCAUCCCGGUCUUUCAUCGCCUGGACAUCAAAAGUGCCUACGAGUACUUGGAGCUGCGCUUCAGCGGAACCGUUCGGCAGUUGGUAUCGUUGCUGUUCUGUUUCAAAUUGGGCGGUUUUAAAGCCGUGGUAUGGACCAGUACAUUUCAAAUGGCCAUCAUUUUCGUCGGUUUCAUGUUUGUGAUCGUUGACGGCGUGAUCAAGCAGGGCGGGUGGCAAAGUAUACUGUCUGCCGCUCAGACGGGCAACAGAUUCAUUCUUGACGAUAUGCGAUUUGACCCACGUGUGCGGCACUCGUUUUGGAGUUUGGUCAUCGGUGGAACAUUUACGAUUCUGUCGAUGCUGGCCGCCGAUCAGCUGACGAUUCAACGCUAUCUGUCUUUCAAAGAUCUGAGGAAAGCGCAGACAGCCCUCCUGCUAAACAUUCCCAUGUGCUUCGUAACUUUGUUCUUUUACUGCUCUUCUGGCCUGAUCAUGUUCGCUACUUACCGAUUCUGCGACCCACUUUUGCGCAAAAAUAUCACCAGGUACGAUCAGCUGUUGAUCUAUUACGUUGCCGACCAACAAAAGUCGAUGAACGGCUUGCUUGGACUGUUCGCCAGUGCUAUUUACGGUGCCGGUCUGAGCACCCUUUCAAGCGGCUAUAACGCUGUGAGUGCUGUUAUACUGGAAGACAUUGUAAAGCCACUGUAUCAUUGGAAAAGUCACUCAGUAUUGGUCGAUACCAAGGCAGCAGUGGUGACGAAAAUGGCUCUAAGCAUAUUCGGAAUGGUUGGUGGCCCCCUGCUUGGCGUGUUUUGUUUGGGAAUGUUUUUCAGCUGGACGAACGCGAAGGGGGCGUUGGUUGGGCUGUGCGUCAGCGUUGCAUUCACAUUUUACGUCGGUUUUGGGGCGAUAUUCAGUGGCGUCAGACCGGUCAUAAUGCCGGUUACCGCUUUGGGCUGCGACUGCCAUACGAACGACACCUUGAACUGCACAGCGAUGUACGACAACGUUUCUGCAAUAUUUCAAUGCGACCAGACAUGUGGUUAUACCGUAAUUAACAAUGAUCCCGGCGGAAUAACGAACCUGUAUCGCGUGUCGUACCAAUACUAUAGUCUCAUUGGCGUCGUCAUCGCAGUGUUCUUUGGCACGUUGGUCAGCGCUUUGACAGGGUUCCGCAAACACAACCCGGUUGACCGUCGUCUCUUAGUUUCCUUCGGAUACAGCGGCAGCAAAGCGGAUUCCAAAGAUCUUUUGGACUACACCGGCUCUGAUACCCUGUGCAUUGCUGAGAAAGUGAAUACUCUUUACGAUUUUCGCAAGAACCGCGAAUUUAUAGAAAAAUUCUGAGU